GGCACCACGAGCAGCUCGUUCAGUCAAAGCGCUUUCACUCUGCGUAACAUGCACACUUAGUUUAAACAUCUUGUAAUAAUAUAAAGAGGCAGAAUGGCAGCACUGUGGAGAUCCUACCAGGCUCUGAUGGGCAAAUACCCCUGGACUGUGCAGAUCGUGACCGCUGGCUCUUUAGUGGGCGUCGGUGAUGUCAUCUCCCAGCAGCUGAUCGAGAGGAGAGGAUUGGCUCAUCACAACGUGCGGCGGACAGCCAAGAUGAUGAGUAUCGGCUUCUUCUUUGUGGGUCCGGUUAUCGGAAGCUGGUACAAAGUUUUGGACCGCCUCGUGGUCGGAGGGACUAAAAGUGCUGCCAUGAAGAAAAUGCUCGUUGACCAGUUGUUUUUCGCUCCGUGUUUCCUGGGAGCUUUUCUCGGGCUCUCCGGCGCUCUGAACGGACUGACGGUGGAGGACAACGUCAGCAAACUCAAGCGGGACUACACAGAUGCACUGAUCUCCAAUUACUAUUUAUGGCCGCCCGUCCAGAUCGCAAAUUUCUACUUCAUUCCCCUGCACCACAGGCUGGCCGUGGUCCAGGUUGUUGCUGUUGGUUGGAACUCCUACCUGACCUGGAAGGCCAAUAAGAUGUGAGGGACGCUCACAGGUCCAGCCUGUGCCGAUGAUGAUGAUGAUGAUGAUGAUUUUACACUCAUUUGAAGUGAGUGUUGGGCAUGGGCCGCUCUAGUCUAACUCACUUUAGGCUACUAAGUCUCUUGAUAUUUCAAACGUGUAAAACUGUGACUGAGUCACUCGUAAAGGUCGGGAGAAAGUGCUUGUCUACGCCGAGUGACAAAUUCACACUUGAAAGUCAAACUUGCAUUUGCAGAAAAUGUCUGUGACAGUUUGUUAUUUAUGGAAAUGGGAUUUAGAGACAGAGUCCCGCUGUAGCCACACAGACGCAAAAACACACGCUCAUAUGUGAACACCUCCAUGUUGUAAUCCAUGUUGUGUAAAGUGUAAUAUUUGUGUUAUAGGAGGUCAUUGUAAGAAUGAAGGACACAUUUACCUCAGCUUCUAUAUAUGUUGUAAUCAUUUAUGUUAACCUCUUUUUGUUCAUUCCUCUUUACCUGCACAGUUAUCUUACUAUUUUCAUUUUCUAACAACCCUCAGGAAAGAUUUGUAGAGUUAUAUAUUUACACAAAGGGAGACAUAAGAGAGCCAUAAUCCUUCAUCAAGCAUUACCAGGCAUUAUAGGUUAAAGGACGCAAUGCAUUCUGGUCUAUCGAGGCUAAUGCACGGCUAGGGAAAGAUUUGCUUGACGACUUUGAAAGGGUGACAAGAAAAUAUGGGAAUCGUUUCUUUUUGGAAAAACAUUUGUUAAAGAGUUCACAGGUCAAAUAUUAAGCUAAAGCCAGCGGGUGAUUUGCUUAGCUUAGCUUAGUUUAGUUUAGCAUAAAGAAUGGAAACAAGUCUAAUCAGCUCGCAUGCCUCCAUCUGAAGGGAAGAAAAUCCCUCCUAAGUUUAAUCUUUAGUGUAGUUUUUCUUGGUUAUUAUUCAUGUAAUCUCCUCGGUGACAAAAGGACAGCUUGAGGAUUUAAUGGGAGUUAUGGGUUGGAAUAUUUUAGCCUGUUAGCCAAUCUGACUUCCUGCAACAGCACCAUAUCGUAUUUCACAUUUGUACUUACUCUUACGCAUCUGCAACUGGUCUAAUACUGGUGUCCCAGUGUGGGAGUCGUCAUUUCACAGCGUAUCUCUCGGACGUUAAAACAUCAGCACGUCUUCCCAACAUUUAGCAUCUGAUAUAACCCCUGAUGGUAGAUCAGGGGCGGAAAGCCUCGAUGUGUUACACAUCGUACUUGAGACGUAACAGAGGCACAAGUAUCCUGCCUUGAACAUUAUGAUGUAAAAAAGGUGCCUGGACUUCUUUGGAUCUAAGGUAGUGAUGCAUACAGACGGCUGUUUCCAUUUGUUUCUGGUCUUUGUCUUGAGCUAAACAAAGUGGCCCAUUGUGGUAUCACCUAAUUCUCAACAACCAAUCAAUGGCAUUUUCCAAAGUGUUGAAUUACGCCCUUUAAGCGGUCAGUGUCCUUUAAUCAGUUCCUUUAAAAAAUGUGUUGUAGUCUCUGGAAAUUCACCCCUGAACAAAAUAAAAGUAAAAUAAAUAUUUUGCUGCAUGGACAAUCAUGAUAAAAAUGUUUCAUUUUCCUUUAUUUUUCAAUGUAAUACUCAAAUGUGAAUCUUUUUGUAUUAACAACAGCUGUCUCUGGUGUGUAAGUGAAUAAAGUUUCACACCAGGUGAUGUCAGUGGUGUGUUUGACCUCAAA